UGUACUGACAGUUAUUCCGGAGCGAGAAUCGUCUGAACUUGGAAACGAGGCUUGUGGCUGUUUUAGCAGCGAAAUCUCCGGACUGCGCUAAAAUUAUCGUUCCUCUAUGAGCUCAGCUGACUCGAGAGAUGGACCAAGAUGAAAGGCGACGGAAACUAGAGGCCGGGAGAGCAAAGCUUGCGCACUAUAGACAGCGGCGCGCGAAAGGUGACGGUGCGAAUGCGCAGAAAAAGACGCCGAAGAGGAAGAGCCAGACUGUCCAGACGAAUGACCGUUCAGCACAAGAGCACCACCUAGAGGAGCCCCAAACUGACCUCUCCCAUGAACAGGAUGGCAAGGAAGAUUCAGAGGAGUCCUUAUGUCCUGAUGGCAUCACUGGUGAUCCCGUAGCCUGUCAGUAUAGAAGGGAGACAGAUGAAGCAGAUGCAGAUGCCCUGGGAUGGAGCCUUCCUGGUGACGAGGUUACAGCAGAGCAGCCUGUUCAGAUGCAGGACCUUCUUGGAGAAAUUAUAGUUACGCACACUAGCAAAGAACAGCUCAAGCAGUUACAGGCUGCAGUGGAAAAGCGGAAUGAGAUCAUUUCACAGCUGAGUAUUAACCUGCAGGCAGCGCUAAUGAGCAGAGACCAGGUGCAGCUGGAAGCCCAGCAGUUGACUGGCCAAAUACAGGAACUGCAGCAGCAGCUACAACAGGCCAAAGAGUACCUGCGCAGUAAAAGUGUGGGAUGGGUGGAUCUGUCUCAAGCCCAGCAGAACCAGUGGCAGCUGCAGAUAGAGGACUCUCAGAAGGUGACUAGAGAUCAACAGUGCCUUUUGGCUCAGAAGGAAGCGGAAAUCACAGCUCUGCAACAGAAACUGGGUGACAUGGAGGAUUCCCUCAGUCAGCUCCAGAGUGCCUUCACGUUGAACGACAUGGGGCAAGUUAGGGCAAACUCGCUGCCUCACAGUGAACUAAUGUCAAGGACUGAUAAGAGCCCAGAAAGCAGCCUCAGCUUGAACGCUAACGCUGUGCUUCAUAAUCUGAGAACUGAGCUGGAUGAAGAGAGGCAGAACUCUAAGCGAGCGCAGGAUCGUGCCGACAGCCUGCAGAGGGCGUUGGAUAAUCUGGAGAGUGAGAAGAUUGAUGUGGAGGCUCGGUUAAUGGAGCUUCAGGCAGAGCUUCAAAAAGCAGAGGCACAGGCCCGGCAGGCACAGCAAUACAAGGCUGAGAAAGAAGAACUCAACCAGGACAUGGCUCGUCUGGAUGGGCUGGUCCAACAGCUUCAGAGCAGGCUUCAAGAGGAAGAGGAAAAGGGCAAGUGCCUGCGUUCCAGACAUGAAUCUGAAAUCGCCAACUAUGAACUGAGGCUUCAGACUCUUGAAGAAGAGAGAGGGAUGAAUGUAACUCAGUUAGCUGAAGCCCAUGAAGCUGCACUGAAGCGCCUGCGGGAGGAGCAUUUGGAGGAGGUCAGGCGUAUUCAGGAGCUGCUUGACAGAGCACAACAGCAUAACCACUCGGUUGCCCAACAUGCUGUCUCUGAGGAGCUUGAUGCCAGGCUGAACUGGGUCAAAGCCUCCAAAGAACAGCAAAACCAGGAGACAGUAUGUCAGAGUGCUGCUAGGACUGAGCCCAGUUUGGAUAUUACUGAAGAUCAGAAUGACUUGAUGGAAAGAUACUUGGCAAUGGCUGUGCAGCAUGAAAGCUCAUUGGUGGAACAAAGUCUAGAAGAGCACAGCCUCAUGGAGAACUCCGAAGCUUUUAAGUUUGAGUUGGAGAGUGAGGUUGAGUUGGAGUCAAGAUUUUCUGACCACCGUGAUGCAGCUGAGCUCACUGAUUCAGCCUUGUCUGUACAGGCAGACCAGGCAGAGGAUGAGCCACCUGACCUGGGUGGGAUGUCUUUCACACAAGCUCAGUGGCAAAGCUUCAGCUCUACCUCGAAGGGUCUGGAUGAAAGUGUGGAUAAUAUAGAUUUAGGCAAGGAGCUUCUGAUCCAGCAGUGCAGGGACUUGACUGACCAGUUGGAGGAGAAGGAGAGACAGCUAGAGGUUCUUCAAGAGGAGGUCCGAUGUUCAGCUGAGGAACUGGACGAAGCACGAGAACGAUGGAGCAAAGCUUCAGAGGAGCUUGAGGAAGCGAAGUGGGAGCUGGAGAUGGAACGGGAGAAGAGACUUCAAUGUGAAGAAAUUAUCAGCCAAAAAACUCACGAGCAGGACAACUUGAAGAACAAGCUUAGCUCCUUACAGAGCCAGCAGGAGAGAGAGCAGAUAACGCUGGACGUCACAGACCUCAGUGAAAAGACCCUUUCACCCCCUGAGGAACUUCUGAAGGAACUAGGGGAGGAGAAGGUGAAGCUGGUGCUGCAGCUCAAACAGCAGGAGCAACUGGUCAGGGAUAUCCAAGAGCAAAAGGUAGCAGGAGACUCUGUGAGCAGUGAGGUGCAGGCACUAUUUGGUCGGCAACUGUCCUUCCUGCAAGCCCAAAGGGACCAGCUCAUGGCUCAGCUGGAGAACCAAAGGGAAAAGAACCAAGCUACGUCUAUGUUGCUAGGCCAGAAGACCAUUGAGGUGGAUUCUGCCAGAAGGGAACUCCAGCAACUUCGAGCAGAAGUAGAGGAGAAGGUGGAGAAUCUACAAAAGCUGGAGAAGGAUAAAACGGACCUGGAAGCAAAGUUGAUGUGCCUUAAACAGAACUUGAGUAAUAUGGAGGAGGCUUUGACUCAGGGCGCAGUGGAGAAAGCCGCCCUGGAGAUGCGUCUGCAGGCCCUAGAGGAGCAGACCCAGAGCAUGGAAAAGGUUUUGGAAUCAGAACUUGAGAACUUUGAGGUCCAGCUUGAAGCAAAGGAUAUGGACUUGGAGCAGUUGAAGGAAGCAAAAGAGAAGGCAGAGGAAGAGCUAAUGGAGAAAGAGAGCACUUUCCAGAAGGAGCUGGGAGAGCUCAGACAUUCUCUGGACGGCCACUUGAGAGAGCAUGAAGAGGAGAAGAACAAACUGGAGGAGAAACACCAAAAAGAGUUGCAAGACUGGAAUCUGCGUUUGGAGAAGGAACUCUCCUCACUGCGGGCCAGCCUGGAAGAAGAACAGAAGAAACAGAUCGGCCUUGUUAAACAGGUACAUGAGCGAGAACGUCAGAGAGAGUUGUCGCAUCAGGCAGCUCAGCGGAGAGAGGAGCUGAACCAGCUGAAGGCUGAGCUCAUGGAGGAGCUGAGAGACAGCAUGGAGGCUGCACAUCAGGCAGAACUGUUGCAAACACAGACACAACAGGCUCUAGAGCUGGAGGCUUUGCGUCUGAGCCUGACUAACCUGCACACAGCCCAGCUGGAGCUGUCCCAGGCCAACCUGCAGAAGGAGAAGGAGGCAGCACUGAGCGAGCUACAGGCCAGCCUAAGGGAGAAGUGGGCCCAGGAGAGUGCCAUGCUCCAGGCCCGCCAGCAGUUUGAGCUGGAAAGGCUCCAUGAGCAGAACCACGAGCAAGAGACACAAGCUCAGCUCCAACACCAGGAGGAGAUCAAUGCUCUAAAGUGUGAUUGGGAAAAGCGUAUCUCUGAAGAACGGACUUCAGUGGAACAGCAGCAGGCCAGUAAAAUAGAGGAUGCCAAGGUCCACUGGUCAAAAGAGGCUGAAAAGGAGCAGCUGGAACUCCAGAAACAUUUACAGAAGACCCAGCAGAGACUGACUGAGACCCAAGCAGGUCUUACCAAAGCAGAAGCAAGUUUGGCUGAAAUGCAGGAUAGGCUGGAUGAGCUUCAGCGCAUUAAAGAGCAGGAGAUCAAGAAUCUGGAGUCAGACCUGAGUCAAGCAUGGGCUGACCGAGACUCUGCUGCACGUGCUGUUGAAGAGCUUGUUGCUAGUCACAAAGUGGUGCUACAGGAACAGCAAGCUCAUGUCAGAAGUCUAGAAGAGAGGGAGAAACGGCUACAGCAAGAGGUGGAUCGUCUGCAUGCAGAGAAGGAUACACUAAAGUCCAGCUCAGAGCAGGAGAUCAACAACUUGUGGUCUCAGUUAGAGAGCAUGAGAACAAGCAGGCAGGAACUGGGAGAGCUGAAGGAGCAGCUUCUAGCCCGCUCAUCACGGGUUGAUGACAUUGAGAGGCUGAAGCAGGAGUUCACACAGCAGCGUCAAGAUCUGAAGGAGCAAAAUGAGGCUGAGCUGGAGAACCUGCGCACGUACUUCGAGCAGCGCUUGCGCUCCAACGAGGAAAGUCACAGGGAGGAGAUUGCCCUGCUGCAGCUGCGUCUUGUAGAGGGAGCCCUGGAGGAGUCGGUCCUCAAGACUGGGGAAGCGAGUUUCCUUUCUGAAGGGAAGGCUGAGGAGGAGAGGGCUGAUGUACUGGCUGAAAUCACUGAGCAACUGGAGAAACACAAGGCGGAACUAGACACAUUGCGUCUGCAGUUGGAGGAGAAGCACAGGCAGGACCUGGAGCAGCUGCGCUGCAGCAUGGCCCUGUCCUACAGAGAGGAACUCCUGCAGGCUCGCACAGAGCUCACUGACCGCUACUACAGCGACAUUGAGCAACUGAACACCAAACAUGCACUAGAGAUCGAACAGUUGCGUGCAAAGCUCUCAGACAACCAUAUCAAAGACAUAACAAAGUUGCGGCUGCAGUCAGCUGCAGAGGUGGCACGUCAAGUGGAAGCUGAGGUGGAGGAGAGGACUCGGGUGCAGACCCAAGAGCACCAGACCUGGCUAGCCCAGUUGGCCUCAGAGACUGAACGCAUACUGAGCCUGGAGAAACGGCUAGCUGAGCUCACUCUCCAGCACACCCACGAGCUGGAGAGCGCCACUGAGCGCAGCACAGAUGAACUGAGAGAGCUGGAGGACAGGCUGCAGAAAAACUUUGCUGAGGAACUGCGCAAACGUCUUCAGGAGGCACAGCAGGAAGAAAGGAGCCGUGUGAAUGAGGAGCUCUCUCACCAGAGCAGUAAAGAGCAAGCACAGCUUCAGGAGCAGCUCCAGGCUGAGGCUGAGGAGCGUCUGGCUUCCUUGAGAGAGGAACUCCAGCGAGCUGCAGAGAAGGAAAGAGCGGAGCUGGAGCAGAAGCUUGCCCAGGCUCAGGAGCUCUUGUCUGUGGAAAGAGAGAAGCUGCAGGCCCUGCAGGCUAGUCUGGAAAGUGAGGAGAGCCCUCAGGUGGUGGCAGUGAAGCAGAAGCUCAAAGCUCAAUAUGAGAAUGAGCUGCGCACAGCCAAGAGCACCAUGGCGGCUGAAGUGAAGGAACUAAACGUGUUGUUGCAGGAGCAGACUGAGGCUAAACUAAAGGAGGCCCUCUGCAGGCAUCAAGAAGAACAAAGGCAGAUGGAGGAGAAACUCACCCAGCAGAGAGAGUCUGAUCUCCAGAAGCAAAGACAACAUGACCAGGAGCUGGAGGCCCAGAAAGCUCUCUUGGAUCAGCAUGUCUCAAAACUACAGCAUCUAGAGAAAGAGUGCCAGGAAGUCAAAUUGCGACACCAGGAGGAGCUUGACUCCCUUUCCACCAAUCAUAAAGCAGCCCUGGAUGCCUUUGAAGCAGAGUUGACUGAGAAACACAGGACAGAGCUUGAUAAACUGCAAGUGGUCCUUGAGGAGACUAAUCUGGCACAGCUUGAAGCCCAGGAGGCGGAGUUAAAGGCCCGCCACAAACAGGAAAUGGAGGAGCUAGAGACUAGGAUGCUGUCUAACAUGGACACUCUGGAGAGUACAUACCUCAAAGAGAUCCAGGCAGCGCGGGAAGAGAAGGAAGAGGUGCUGCAGAAGCUCCGGGCCUCGAUGGGGCAACAGCAUGCCAAAGAGAUGGACAGAAUGAAGGAGAACCUGAAGCAGGAGCUGACUAAAGUCCACAUGGACAAGUUCAGCUCCAUGGCAACAGAACUCAGACAUGCCCAUGAGGAGGAGUUGUCUCUGGCCCUCUCCUCUCAGAAGGUUGCUCUGGAGGCAGAUCAUCACUCUGCGUUGGAAAUCCUUCAGCAGCACGUGUUGGAACUGGAAAAGCAGCACAGUGCUGCUCUGCAGGAGAUCACAGUCCUGAGCACCAUGGAGAAGGAGCAGCUGCAGCAACAGCUGGAUACACUGACUGCCCAACACCAGCAACAACUACAGGAACUGAGGGGAGCUUCUGCUAGAGAGAUAGAGGCUCUGCGCAGGGAGCUGGAGGAGGAGGCAUCGCGACGUCGUCUCCACUUUCUGGAGGAGGCAGAACUUCUAAAGUGCCAAUCGGAGGAGCAGCUACAGCAGAGGAUUGCACACAUAAAGGAGGAGAGUGAGCAGGAUAAGGCUGCUGCUCUAGAGGAGCUAGAGAAGAAGCUGCAGGAGCAACAUCAGCAAAACGAACUCUGCUACACAGACAAGAUGAGUCAGCUCACUGCACAACUCCAACAGCUCGACACAGUGGUGUCACAGCUGCGUUCUGAGGUGAGUGGCCUGCAGGGGGAGCUGGAGGGUAAGCGCUCAGAGAUGGACACACUGGAGACUCUCCUGCAGCGGCGAGAGCGGGAGAACCAGGAGGGAGCCAACCUGCUGGCUAUGCUUCGUGAUGACCUCAACACUGCCACACAACAGAGACAAGAUCUUCAGUCAGCUCAUGACCGAAUACAGCGAGUCCUCCUUGAGAUGCUGCGGGUAACCAUGGCAACCGAAGAACACAUCAACUGCAGGCUGGGGCCAUGUGUGGCAGGCAACUGCCCUGGAGACAAUGCUAGUGGCAGCUGUGACCCUCAAAAGACAGACGGUGGUACUGCAGAGCAUGUGGUAGAUUGCAGUGUUUUUUCCUCUGUGACUGAUGAGGGUCUAGAGUUGUCCCAGCGGCUGUGUGAGAGUAUAUUCUCUGGUCCCGAGGGUGAACUGGACGCAGAGAGAGAGGAGCUGGUCCUAGAGCCUUGCACUCGCCUAAGCACUGCUGUGGACAAACUGCUGGAACUAGUCUCGGAGUCCACAAAGCAGCUGGAACAGAUGCAUGCUUUGCAGGCUGCAGUGGACGCGCAGUUCAGCGAGGGUGGUGAGGCCAGAAAUGCUCUGCUGCUGCAGCACUCUCAGCUCUUAGAGCAGCUGGACCAGGAGGCCAGCCUGAAGAGUCAGCUCCGGCUAGAGCUGCACAAGGCUGAAGGUCUGAUGGACGGUUAUGUUGCGGAGAAGGCCAUUCUGGAAGAGGCCCUACAGCAGAAGGAGUUACAGGAGCAGAGGCUGGUGGAGGAGCUAGAGCGCGCACGGGUUCAGCUGCAGGACCUCAGCGAGGCUCAUGCUGUCCUGCAACGGCAGAGAGACGCACUCGCUGCAGGCCUCGGAGACACUGAGAAGGGCUGCCCUGAUGUAGGGGAAGAGAAAGCUCUGCUGGCCGAAGCUGACCGGCUGGGGCAGGAGCGCAUGGACGUGCAGAGACAGGCGGAGAAGGACCGUGGUGGGCUGGCUGCUCGGCUGCGGCUGCUUGAGCUGGCAUUGGAGGAGCAAGAGGGCCGCACACAGCAGCAGGAGGAACAGCACCGGGCUCAGACGGAAGACCUGCAGCAGCACAUUGAUGCCCUGGAGAAACAGCUUAAACAUCACCGCCAGUUCAUAGAUGAGCAAGCAGUGGAAAGAGAGCAUGAGAGAGAUGAGUUUCAGCAGGAGAUUAAGAACCUGGAGGACCAGCUGAGACUACCCACCAAAGGACACGCAGGAGGGAACAGCAAGGGUCAGAGGAUUGAAGAAUUGGUUAUCCAGGUGGAAAGUCUCCAGGCUCUCAUUAAAGACAAGACCGAAGACUACAGCAUGCUGCUUUCUGCUAAAGAGCAAUGUCAGCGAGAUCUGGAGGAGCGCAAUGAUGAAAUCGAUAAGAUGGCAUCUCGGAUUCGGGAGUUAGAGCAGGCUCUCCUAAGCAGCGCUGAGACUGGAAGGGCCGUCACGCAGUUGGAGCAGGAGCUGCAGAGAGCUCGGAAGAGUCUGCAGGACCUGUCUCAGGAUAACGAGGCUUUGCAGCAGCAGCUAUACUCUAAUAAACUCCAGAUCUCAGCCUUGCAGUCCAAACUGGACGAGACGAGACACCGCUUUCCUGACUCAACUGCUGACCCCAGUCUUCGAGAACAGUUAGAAACGCUCCAACAGGACCUGCAGAGCAAAGAGGAGCAGGUGGAGGUGCUGCUGGAGCGAGUAGAAGAGCUGGAGAAAGCUCUAGCAGUAAGGGAGGAGGAAGUCAGGCAGCUCACCUUACAGCUUGAACUAAGCAGCAGAGAAAGCGGAGCCCGUGAGGAGCAGCUACAGCUUCACAUCACACAGCUGCAGGAGACUUUGAGUGCUCUGCGUGAAAAGCAAGAGGAGAAAGGAGAGGACUCUUUAAUGCAGCUCCCUGCUGCUCUGUUAGAGGAGAAGAACCUGGAGAUUGACCACCUCAACCAACAGAUCCUCAGUCUGCAGCAGGAGCUGGAGACCACGAAGGAGAACAAGGUUGUGGAGGAAAAGCAAGCAGAGAUUGAAGAGCUGCAUGCUCAGAUUGAGCGUCUUCAUAGCGAUCAGGAGCGUCUGCGGCAGGCCAAGGAGGAAGAGGCGGAGCAGCUGCACGAGGUCAUCCACAAGCUGCAGGAGGAGUUGAGCCAACUGGACCCCAAUCGCCAUGAAGUCAGUGACCCCAGCCCUGAACCCCCUGACUUUCCUUGGUCCCCCCGGCCCAAGCACGGCACGGAGGAGAGCCUGUGCCAGGAGCUCAGCAGUGAGUCGCUGCAGAAUUCCCGCACCAGACUCCGGGAGCUCCAGGCAGAUCUGGAACAUUCGGCAGAGGAGAAGGAGGCACUGCAGAGGCUGCUCCUGUCACAGGAGGAACAGUACGGCAAGCAGGUAGAGACUUUGGGCCGCAGCCUGGGGGAAGAGAAGGGUAGGCUGGUUGUUUUGGAGCAGGAAACGGAACACCUGAGGCUCCAAGUAACUGAGAAAGAGGAUGAAAUGACCAAACUGCAGGCCUGUCUGCAUGAGCUGGAGGAUGGGGAGAAGGCCCAGCAGGUCAGACUGAAGGACCUAGAUCUACAGUUGAGGAGUGCGGAAGAGAGGAGAGAGGAGGCUCAGCAGGAGCUGGCCAGACUGCACGAGGAGGCACGAAGGGAGAAGGAAAAGCGAGAGAAGCUUGAGGGUCAAGUCAAAGAGCUGCUGCACAAGUCAGAGGAAGCCCAGAACACUACAGCAGAGCUUGGGUCACAGAUCACAAAGAUGGAGGAACUGGUCCAGUGUGGAAGAACAGACAUCGCUACUUUGGAGACUGGGAAGAAGGAACUGUACAUGGAGAGACAGGCCCUGAGAAAACGUGAAGGAAAACUCCAAGAGGAAAUAGAGAGGCUGAAGCAGGAAGUGACGUCAAAGUGCGAACAGAUACAGGAACUGAAUGCAGCACUGGAGGAGAGGGUGAACAAACAGGAGGAGGCACAUAAAGAAGUUCUGACGUGUGCAGAGGAGACCUUGGCCAAGGCAGAGGCAGCUCUACGAGAGCGGGAGGAACAGCUGGCUCAUCUGAGGGCGGAGCAUGAUGUACUGCGGGCGGAGCUUGUGGCAGUGAAGGAGGGGCUCAGCACCAGUACAGAGAGAGCAGAGAAGCUACGGGAAGAGGGACAGACUAAGGAUCGUGCUCUGGCAGAUCUGGAGGUAUAUAACCAGCGUCUUCGGGCUGAGCUGCGAGAUUUGCAAGACGAUCUGGCUGUGCAGGAGGAGGAGCUGGCCUACCAGCAGAGGGAGCUAGAUGAACUGAGGCAGCGCUGUGGCCGCCAGGAGCACACUGAGCUCCCCAAACCUGAGCACCGCUUCCUUGAGGGCUUGUCCCGAGACGCCUCUCUGUCCUCCCCGGAGGUGCUGCGGCGACUGGACUGCAGCGAGGAGCGGCCCUCUCGCCUCCACGCCUCUCACCUGUCCGAGCUCAGCGCCCUGCGCAACACCAGCCUUGACCUGGGCACCAAGCCAUCGCCCAUGGAGCGGGACAGAAAUGAGCUGAAACGUCCACUCAUGCUACCACCAGAGACAGAUCCACCCAGCACACGCUCUCCCACUGCCUCACCACGCUCACUCUCAGUCUUAGAGAACCUGUCCGUGAUUGAUUCACUGGAUGCUGAUAAGGUGCGAGAGUUGGAGAACCUUGAUGUGACGCCUUCUUACUCUCCUCUUUGUUCUACCUCCCCUGUAUCUGUGCCAGAGUGGGCCAGUGAUGGAUACGGCAGUAAUGUGAGCUCAGAGUUGGAGGCCAAGCUGAAGCUGGAUUUGGAGCGUUCUGAGCAUCUGGGCUCCCACUUUGUGGAGUACAUGCGCUGCAGAGGUAUGGAUCCUGAUCCACAUGCAGACAGAGCCCCAGACAACCAGCAUCACAGCCAAGAGAUGCUUUCCCCUGAGCUACAGGACCUGCUGCGGCGGGUGUACCAGGAGAGCUGCAGAGUUCUGUCUCUGUCCCAUCGUCCCACCCCCACUGGCCAACCCCGCCCAGAUUUGGAGGAGGCUCCACCCCCCUCCUGGCAGAGGGAGAGACGGGCCUUGCAGGAGACUGUGCUGUCCCUUAGAGAGCUGCUCUGCAGGAUGGCGGAGCGUGAACCCAAGGCGGAUGGUGGUGAUGUGGACUGGCGAAGGGAGCUGUUGCAGGCUGUGCAGAGUGUGUUUGACAGUGAGAGGGAGUGGCUUCACGCACAGCUUCAGACUGCCGUGACAACUAACACGCACAUUGAUCAUACAUCCCUGCUGGAACAAUUGGAGCGGCUGCUUCAGAAACAGGAUGAGCAGCAGAGGAAGUCUUUGGAGCAGUUGCUGAGUGCAGAUCGGUGUAGCCUACUGACUGAAAUUCGCAGUUUGCAUGCACAGCUGCACACCUGCACUCUGCAGAGUCAGGAGCAGCUGCGAGAGCUGCACAACUCCCUCCAUACUAUGAGGGAGCAGGGUAUGCAGACACAACAGCGGCUGCAGAGAGAAGUUGAUGACUUGGGGAGGCAGUUGCAGCAGGAACAGACAGUGUCACGUGACCUGCAUUGCUCUCUGGAGAAGGAGCAAUCCAGACAGGCUGAGCAUUGUAGCCAACUGGAAGCAGAACAGAAGACUAUUUUGAUGCUGAAGGCAGAGCUACAGGAGAGCAGUCUACAGCUACAGUCAACCUGUAAAAGCCAGGAGGACCUGCAGAGUCAGAUCCACAAACUUCGGCUAAAGCUGGAGAAUGAGGAGCAGGAGCACCAGGCUUGUGUAGAGGCUGUGGAGAGAGAGCAGGUCAGAGUGAAGCAGCUCCAGGAGGAGCUCCUUCAGGAGAGACUCAACAGCCAACAAACGCUGGAAGAGAAUGCACAGACUCAGGAGUCUCUGCGUGCGUCCCUCAGCGAGCAUGUGACCCAACUGAGCCAGCUCAGCUCUGCACUAGAGCAGGAGCGCAUGGUCGUCAGUAAUCUGCGCUCGGAGCUGCAGAUCGAGCAGUCUCGCUGUGAGGCCCUGCUGGCUCAGGAGCGGGAGCGAACUCAGCUGGCCCUCUCGCGCCUAGAAGAAGAGCGCUCACGUACGGCGCAGCUAUCAGACUCUUUCUCGCUUCAAGCUAAGGAGCAUGCACGCCGUCUGGAGGAGGAGGCCCGCACACAGGAGGCAGCCAGUGCCCACGACAGGAAGUUCAUCCAGGACCUGCGGGCGCAGCUGGAGCAGGAAAGGCAACAGGCUGAGGAGCUUGCUGGCAUGGUGGAAUGUCUGCAGGCCCAGGUACUGCAGGGCAAACGCAGGCAGGAAGAGCGAAGGGAGCAAGAGGUGCAGAGGGAGCAGGAGGAGGUGAAGACACUGCGGAAAGCCCUUGAAAGCCUGCAGGCCCAGCGGUCAGAGGUCAGCUGCAGUCUGGAGGCGGAGAGACAGCGAGCCUCACAGCUUCAAACGGAGCUAGACUCCAUGAAGGAGAAGCUGAGGGCAGUGAAGGAGAGGGAGGAGCAGAGAGAGAAGCAGAGGAAGCGUGAGAAACAUGAGCAAGAGGACAAAGAGCGGCGGCAGGAGCGCACCAAUGAGAAAUUGCUGGAGCUGGAGGUGCUGCGUGAGCGUGAUCAGCAACGUCUGAGGCAGUUGCAGCAGACUCUGGCUGACCUGGAGCAGCAGGAGAAGCGUCUCACUUCAGAACACCUGCACAGAGACGUGCACAUCGUGGAGAACACACAUUUAUCCACGGGCCACACACGAAGAAGCCACAUACAGGACUCUCCCUCCUCCUCUUCCUCCUCUCUGGUGGAGCGCCUGCUAAAGGACAAUUCUGAGCUAGCAGAACGUCUGGCAGCUUUGAGUGAGGAGAAACUUGCUCUCAAACACACUUUGUCCUGCCUGGAGAGAGACCUACAGAACCUCAAACGCAAUGAACAGGAGAAGUUUCAUGUGCAGAUGGACUCGUCUGCAUUAGCAGAGAAGAUGGCCUGGCAGAAGGAGAAGGUGGCCCUGCAGGCUGCUCUAUACAAGGCUGAGACAGACCUCUCAAAGGCCACGGCCAGCAACGAGAACAGACCCUUCAGUGACCUCUCUAACAGCAAGGUGCAGAGACUGUAUGAGAAGUACCUGAGGGCAGAGAGCUACAGGAAGUCACUGGUGUAUCAAAAGCGCUACCUGCUGUUGCUGCUCGGGGGCUUCCAGGACUGUGAGCAGGCCACACUGGCCCUCAUAGCCCGAAUGGGGGCCCAGCCAUCUCUCAGCCACACACCGACCUCCAGACCACUCAGCAGAUUCAGGAGCGCCGUCAGAGUCCUCAUUGCCAUCUCCAGACUGAAGUUCCUUACUAGGAAAUGGCAGAGGGUGACAAGGAAAGGUUCAGUAGGAAGUGCCACAGUUAACAGUACAACUAUGAGGACAGAAGUUCUGAAACCACAACAGACUGGAGCUUCAUUCAACUCUCCCCCGACCCGCGACCGCAUCUUAACCCAGCGUGGUGUGAUCUCUCCUUUAGUGCCACCAGUUAAAUCUCCCUUCAGACUACAUAACAGAGGAUACCUUAGCAGUGUUCUGGCCCCGUCUGAGCGUACCAUCACCCCCUCCCAGGACCAGGAGCGCUCCCUUGCUGAGUACAUUAAUCACCUUGAGAAUGUUCAACAGCGUCUAGGAGCUAUUCGGCCAGAUUCCCCUUCCAUGCCAUCUUAUUCCAGAAAGUCUGACCGAUGAACCACUGAAUAACUCAGCAGUGACCAUUGACCUUUUUACCAUUGCCAGUAUCUGUGUAAAUUCAGUAUAAUUGCCACUUGAUACUUGACGUUUGUAUAAUGUAAAUAAUUUUUUAAUGGAUUUUUUUUUUAUUCUUUUGUUCUAUUUGUUUCAAAUUACUGACUGCACUGACCAUCUGAAUGUUUGGUAAUGGUCACGGCUGUUUUCUCCAUCAUAUCUCACGCCAGAUGGUCUGUAAAUACGCUCGCAGAUGUUACCGUUACAUGUGCGGCUUAUCCAUUUUUAUGUUUGCACUGGAAUCUGUAAAGAAUCAGUCACAAAGGUGCCCGUUUUGUAAGUUUUUUUUAUUUCCCUUUUAUAUAGAACUUUCUAUGUGAUUCAAUAAAUAUUUUAAUAUUUGAAGUGUUUUCAA